GCAGUCCCUGCUGGUGCACCAGACCUCCCGGGGCCCAUCUGCCCGACUGCCCCAGACUCCGGCAGCGGGGCCCCUGAUGGCAGUGGGCACCUCCCCGUGAAACCUGCCAAGCUGGACGCCACAGCUCCGCGCGACGACACUUCGGCCAGCUCCGUGCCCCCUUCGGAGACUUGCAGCCAUGCAGUCCUAGCCUGCAGCCCGGGCCUCCCUGAGGAACACUACAUAAGCGAGGCUGUGGAAGAUGCUCCCAGCUACAGAGGGUACCGAGAUGCCUGCACCAUUACAGAUGUGUGCAACAGCACCGAUCUUCCGGAAGUCGAGAUCAUCAGCCUGCUGGAGGAGCAGCUGCCCCAUUAUAAGCUAAGAGCCGACACCAUCUACGGUUAUGACCACGACGACUGGCUCCACACACCUCUCAUUUCUCCAGAUGCCAACAUCGACCUCACCACCGAGCAAAUUGAAGAGACCCUGAAGUACUUCUUGCUAUGUGCUGAAAGAGUUGGCCAGAUGACUAAGACGUACAAUGACAUCGACGCUGUCACUCGGCUUCUGGAGGAGAAAGAGCGGGAUCUAGAAUUGGCUGCCCGCAUCGGCCAGUCGUUGUUGAAGAAGAACAAGACGCUGACGGAGAGGAACGAGCUGCUGGAGGAGCAAGUGGAACACAUCAGGGAAGAGGUGUCUCAGCUCCGGCAUGAGCUGUCCAUGAAGGAUGAGCUGCUCCAGUUCUACACCAGCGCCGCCGAGGAGAGUGAGCCCGAGUCUGUUUGCUCCACCCCGCUGAAGAGGAACGAGUCCUCCUCCUCGGUACAGAACUACUUCCACCUGGAUUCCCUGCAGAAGAAGCUCAAGGACCUGGAAGAGGAGAACGUGGUGCUGCGAUCCGAGGCCUGCCAGCUGAAGACGGAGACCAUCACCUACGAAGAAAAGGAGCAGCAGCUGGUCAAUGACUGCGUGAAGGAGCUGAGGGACGCCAAUGUCCAGAUCGCAAGCAUCUCUGAGGAGUUGGCCAAGAAGACCGAGGACGCCGCCCGCCAGCAGGAGGAGAUCACACACCUGCUGUCACAGAUUGUCGAUUUACAGAAAAAGGCGAAAGCUUGUGCGGUGGAAAAUGAGGAGCUGGUCCAGCACCUGGGGGCUGCCAAGGACGCCCAGCGGCAGCUCACAGCCGAGCUGCGUGAGCUGGAGGACAAGUAUGCAGAGUGCAUGGAGAUGCUGCACGAGGCUCAGGAGGAGCUGAAGAACCUCCGGAACAAGACCAUGCCCAACACCACGUCCCGCCGCUACCACUCGCUGGGCCUCUUCCCCAUGGACUCCUUGGCAGCAGAGAUCGAGGGCACCAUGCGCAAGGAGCUGCAGCUGGAUGAGCCGGAGUCUCCCGACAUCACGCACCAGAAGCGAGUCUUCGAGACGGUGAGAAGCAUCAACCAAGUGGUCAAGCAGAGGUCUCUGACGCCUUCCCCCAUGAACAUCCCCGGCUCCAACCAGUCCUCAGCCAUCAACUCCCUGCUGUCCAGCUGCGUCAGCACCCCCCGGUCCAGCUUCUACGGCAGUGACGUCGGCAGCGUCACCCUGGACAAUAAGACCAACAGCAUCAUCCUGGAGACUGAUGUAGCCGAGCUGGGAGACCAGCGCACCAAGAAGCCGGGCACGCCAGGCACGCCGGGCUCCCACGACCUGGAGACGGCGCUGAGGCGGCUGUCGCUGCGCCGGGAGAACUACCUGUCGGAGAGAAGGUUCUUCGAGGAGGAGCAGGAGCGGAAGCUCCGGGAGCUGGCGGAGAAGGGCGAGCCGCACAGCGGCUCGCUGACGCCCACCGACAGCAUCAUGUCCCUGGGCGCGCACUCGCGCUUCUCGGAGCUCACGGGCUUCUCGGGCAUGUCGUUCAGCAGCCGCUCAUACCUGCCGGAGAAGCUGCAGAUCGUGAAGCCGCUGGAAGGUUCUGCCACUCUCCACCACUGGCAGCAAUUGGCACAGCCUCACCUGGGGGGCAUCUUGGACCCCCGGCCCGGUGUAGUCACCAAGGGCUUCCGGACGCUGGACGUUGACCUAGACGAAGUGUACUGCCUUAACGACUUCGAAGAAGACGACACAGGUGACCACAUUUCUCCCCCGGGCCUAGCUACCUCCACGCCAGUGCAGCACCCAGAGACCUCAGGUGAGGCGUUCCGAGCACGCGUGACUGCCUCGGGCAGCAGAAGUUACCCGGGCCGGCCUCAGGCUUCCCCAGAGGAGAUGCAGGAGCCGCCAGCGGCCGAGGAGGAGGAGGAGGAGGAGGGGUCUGCGCACCACCCUGGGAAGUGCAUGUCACAGACCAACUCCACCUUUACCUUCACCACCUGUCGCAUCCUGCAUCCUUCAGACGAGCUCACGCGGGUCACACCAAGCCUUAACUCAGCCCCGACUCCAGCUUGCGGCAGCGCGGGCCACUUGAAGUCCACGCCGGUGGCCACGCCGUGCACCCCCCGGAGGCUGAGCCUGGCCGAAUCCUUCACCAACGCCCGGGAGUCCACAACCACCAUGAGCACGUCGCUGGGGCUGGUGUGGCUGCUGAAGGAGCGGGGCAUUUCCGCGGCCGUGUACGACCCCCAGAGCUGGGACAGGGCUGCCCGGGGCUCGCUCCUGCACUCCUAUGCGCCCAGGAUGGCCGUGAUCCCCUCCACUCCACCCAACUCGCCUAUGCAGACCCCCACGUCCUCCCUGCCCUCCUUCGAGUUCAAGUGCACGAGCCCUCCCUACGACAACUUCCUGGCUUCCAAGCCGGCCAGCUCCAUCCUGAGGGAGGUGAGGGAGAAGAAGAGCCUACGUAGCAGCGAGAGCCAGACCGACGUGUCCGUCUCCAACCUCAACCUCGUGGACAAAGUCAGGAGGUUUGGGGUGGCCAGAGUGGUGAACUCAGCGGGGCGAGCCCACAUCCCCACCUUGACUGAGGAUCAGGGACCUCUUCUCGGCGGGCCGCCGGGACCAACACACGCCCUGGUCCCCGGAGGCCUGGUCCCCGAGGGCCUGCCUCUGGGAUGCCCCACGGUCACCAGUGCCAUCGGCGGGCUGCAGCUCAACACUGGCAUCCGGCGGAAUCGUAGCUUCCCCACCAUGGUGGGGUCCAGCAUGCAGAUGAAAGCCCCCGUGACUCUCACCUCAGGCAUCUUGAUGGGUGCUAAGCUCCCCAAACAAACUAGCUUACGGUGAGGAGGGGGCACGCGGCCCCAGAGCAGGCCAGCGCUCCCCGCUGCCUCCCCUCCACCCCGCCACAGCGCACUCUCUCCUCCUUCCCGGUCGCCAUCCGCGCCCUCCCGAGCUCGACAAAUCAACCUCGUGCCUCAGGGUGGGCAGAGCGGAGGCUGUGUAGAAUGUGUACAUAGGACUCGGGGCACCUUGCGCCUGCCCCGCCCCUUCCUCCGGCCCUGCAGGAGGGGCCCUCCGCACCAUCAUCACCCUCGCGAGGACUUGGCCUGUGCUCACCCCGGGGGAAGGUUCCUCUUCGUCUUCUUUCCCCUCAAGAAGCACUGAAACUCCCAAGUGUGUUCUUAUCCCAUGGAUAGGAAGCCAGUGAAUCCUGGGGCUGACUGCCCGCUGCACACCACGAGCUGUCCCUCCGCACGCUCAGGGUCCGAGUGCACCUGCCGCCCCGGGCCCUGGGCCACCUCGCCUUGGCCACCCCACAAGAGGCUUAGGAGCCUCGGUCCUUGGCCACCUGCCGCUGACGUAGCUUUUCAUGAUGGGAGAGAUUUUCUUCCGUUGACGGGCAGCCCGGCUUCUCCCACCCGCGCGACCCUGCCUCUGUGCACGGUCAUUUUUCUGUUGAGGCGUGACGCUCUUUUCAGGUGUCCCUGAAGUCCCAGGCGUCCCAGGAAGUCGUCUUGGGUCUUGUCAUCAGCCAUCAGCCUAGGCGUCGGACCCAGCAGAGAACGGGUUCACACUCAGCAGCCCCUUCUGCGUCCUGUGUGAUUGCUUUUUAUCCUUCCGUGUUUUUAAACGCAGGGAAGUCGCAGUCCUGACAGCGUGCGUCCUCUCUGUGGUUCCGUGAUACCCAAAGAGGAAUUCCAGAUACCGCAAGCCGCUAACCCAGUGCAGCUUGCUCAGUGUCACAACCCAAUCAGUUUCAGACCAGAGCCCAAGACAGCUUCCCCUGUAGGAUUGAAAGGAAAAGGGAUAGGGACAGACCUCGGGGAGAACCAGAACCGACACCAAACCGAUUCCAGGGAGAAACGAGGCUUUGGUGUCCUUAGAGUGAAACUAAGCGGUCUUGGCCGCCGCUGUGUCCCGUUUUCUGUGUCGUUUCGGAACAGACAGAGGCUGUCACAACCAGGUGUCUUCCUCCCCCUGCCCCCAGCCCUUUUUCUCCACGUGCCACUUUCUGUCCUUAGAGAAACAACGGAGGUGCUUUGUGGAAAGAACCACGCACGCGCGAACCAGGGAGCCUGGUCCUGUCGCUGUCACCGAUCCAGUCGUGAACUUUUAUUUAUUAUUUGUUGUUGUGCCGUUUUGUAAACAAACACCCUCUCGCCUUCCAGCUUCGGCCACGGUGCGUCGGUGGCAUCCCAAUCGAAGCAGGGAUUGACUUGUUCUAAUCUGAGCCCUGCACUGGACGCCAUGGGGUUCCGUGACCAGACUCCUACGGGAAGGGUAACAUCCCAAGGCAAUAGGUUGUCGUUUCGUGUCCCCACCCGGAGUGUCCUGCCCCUGAGUGACGGCAGCCUCAUGUCCACCGAGGACACUGGCAGAGAAGUCCCCAAGGAGCAAGCCUCAGUCCCACGAUUUCAAAUUAUUUAUUCUCCUAACACCUGAGUGUUUUUUUUUUUUUAAAUUAUGUUCUCAGCUCUCCUCGCUGUCGUAGGUGUGCGCUCUGUGCGAGUAACGUUAUCUCCCUUGAUCUGAAUGUAUUUUAAAGCAGCAGGUGGAGUGACAAAGGAAUGUGAAAGCCACGCACUGAAUGGACCACUCCAUGUAGAGAGCGAGGAGCCAGCGCUGCCACCAAACUACCAGUGUCUAAACCGGCAACUCGGAGGCCGCAGUAUUUAGCGUAGUGAAUAAAUCAAAUGAGCAACAUUGUGCAGCCACUACCAAGAAGUGUGUUGUGAUGCAUCAGACAUCAACAAUAAAAUCUCAUUCGCUAACGAGAACCAAUAAAAUAAGCUCAAAUGAUGGA